AUGUCAACGUGUAACCGCUCUCUGACUCCAAUGGAACAAGGUCACACAACCACGAUUUCAACCGAAAACGACUCCGAAACAAAUGUACCGUAUCGUGAGGCAGUGGGAUCCCUGAUGUACUUGAUGGUUGGCACUCGUCCAGACUUGGCAUAUGCGAUUGGAAAGCUUUCUCAACAUUCUGCCAACCCAUGUGAGUCACACUGGGCAGGUGUGAAACGGGUAAUGCGAUACGUGCAAGGGACUCGAAACUUAGGAAUCGUGUUUGACAAUAAAUCUAAAUCGCCGGAGUUGUUCGGCUUCAGUGAUGCUGACUGGGCCGGUUGUUCAGACUCUCGCAAGUCGACCAGCGGAUAUGUUUUCAAGUUCUGCGGUGGAGCGAUCAGUUGGAGUUCCCGGAAACAGACUGUGGUUGCAACUUCGACGUGUGAAGCUGAGUACAUUGCACUAUGUGAAGCGUGUAAGGAGGCGACUUGGUUGCGUCAAGUGGUUGCUGAUGUUCUUGGACUUGAUUCCGAUCCCACGAUUGUGAUGGGGUGUGACAAUGCAGGGACUAUUUCGUAUGCACAGAAUGAAUCGGUCAACCGUCGUAACAAACAUGUUGAUGUGAAAUACCACUAUGUACGAGAUGCAAUUAAGAGAAACGUCAUUUCUUUGUCACAUUGCCGGACCACUUCCAUGCCUGCAGAUAUCCUGACGAAAGCACUUGGGCGAGUUCUGUUCCAGAAGUUUGUAGAACUUCUAGGGCUUGCAGUAGCUACUUCUGGUAAAAGCAUGUGA